UAUUUCAUCGAGAUUGUUGCAAAAUGGUUGUGUUUUUUGUGAAUGUUGGUGCCAAAAAGAUGCAAUUGGAGCCAUGCUCGUCCGAACAAUUUGAUAGUGGUUUAGCGAGUGUGCGCGAAACAAAGCCAUUAAGAGCAACAGGGCGACAGAUAUGAUACAACUGAUUUGGGUGGGAGUGCUCGGUUUGCUAAAGGAAUAUGAAUCAGAUGGAUGAACUCAACACAGUAGAGAGCCCUAUUGUGGCUCUCACAGAAAUCACAAAGGAAAAAUUAGCAUUGUUGCUCAAUGGAAAGAAAAUCUUACCAUCAGAUGAUGGCUUUCCAAGGGACUGGCGCGGCGUGGCGCAGUGUCUGGACUGCGACAACGACGUGGUGCAGCAGCUGGGACGGUCGGCCAGUCCGACGGUGGCGCUGCUGGAGCGGUGCCGCGCCCGACCCGUGGCCGAUCUCUGGCGAGCCCUGCAGGACGUCGGCCGGUGGGAUGUGCAGGACGACGCCCGCUACAUGAUCGAGGACGACGUGAGGCUGUACCAGGAGCGGCUGAGCUCAUCCGCCGCUACCAGCAGCGCCGUCUCCCUGCUGCCCGGCCUGAACGACGCUGACCUGCUCUGCGUCGGUGAUGCCGAAUGUCUGCGCGCCGGCCGGCCGCUCCCCACCUUCGAUGCCUUCCUCCUCUACGACGACGGUGACACUGAGUUCGCAGCGCAAAUCAUUGAGCGUAUGGAAGCCAGGGGAAUCAAGCUGUGUGAUAAGGAGCGCCACCUUCUGCCCGGCGUGACGUUCGAGCACCAGGGCAUCAUCCGGCUGAUGGAGACGCGCUGCCACCGCGUGCUGGCCGUGCUAUCGCCGCAGUUCCUCCAGUCGGCCGUCAACAAGUUCCUGGCCAUGUUCGCGCAGGCGCUCGGACUGGACAAGCGCGGUCGCAUGCUGCUGCCGUGCGUGUACCAGAAGUGCACGCUGCCGUCGUACCUGAUGUACUGCUCGCGGCUAGACUUCACGCGCGGCGUGGGCCUCGUCAACGCCUGGGACAAGAUGUACGAGACGCUCAGUGUCGCCAUGGUCACCCGCACCAGGUCAGCGUCUCACUCCGUGACGGACGCGCUGCCGGCGCCGGCCGCCGCCAAACCUCGCAGCGACUCGACGCCGUGCUGCGCGUCGACACCGCCGGACGACCCGCCCGCUGCCGAGACGUCGGCCGGCGAGUCGUCGUGGUCGGGCCGCGCCUUCCUGCGCAAUCUCAAGAGCCGCCUGCGUAGCUCCGAGAGCGCGGACCCCGCCGAGCAGCAGGUGGGCGGCGAGGCCGACGGAAAGGCCGGCCAGGAACGGCGCGCACACCGCCCCAAGCUCUUCACUGCCAAAGACAAGCAGAAGACGAAGGCGAAGCGCGAGAAGAAGAAGGAGGCGAAGGCGCUGAUGGCCGCGUGAUGUGACUAGCCGCCCGGCCACGGACGGGCGC